GGUUGUUGAACAGCGAACAUCGGCUUCUGCGAUGAAGGCCUCGACCUUAUUAUCACUUUGCACGAUAAUAAUUACUGUAGGAACUAAAAAGGUCUCGUCAGUUUCACAGUACCAGAAACUGCUUGUUGUAUCCUACGAUGCAUUUAGGUACGACUACUUCAACAGAAAUUUGACCCUCUUUAUGAAUGAUUUGAGGAAAGAAAAUACCCAUGCAGAUUAUAUGAAAAAUGUUUUUGUGACAAAGACAUUUCCCAAUCAUUUUUCUAUCGCAACGGGCCUUUAUGAGGAAACUCACGGUGUUAUUGGUAAUCAAGUCUUAAUCCCAGAAACUGGUGAAAUUCUGAAAGAUUCAUACGCCAUGUAUCAUUACAACGAAGAAAUAGCGCCUAUUUGGAUUGUCAAUGAAAAAGCAAGCCCCGAUAGACAUAGCGGAGUAAUAAUGUGGCCUGGGUGUAAAUACGAAUAUCUCGGUGUUAAACCCACGUUUCUCCAAAAAUUCAAUAUGUCUAUUCCAUUUGAAGACAGAGUAGAUCUAUUGAUAUCUUGGUUCACACAUCCGACCCAACCAAUAAAUCUUGGUUUCUUAUACAUAGAAGAACCAGACACAACUGGUCAUAUGGUGGGAAUUAAUGCCAAGGCUUUUAAUUUGGUCCUUCAAAAAUUGGACAACGUUACAAAGUAUAUUUACGAGAAUUUGAAUAAACAUGGGCUAAAAGAUGUGAACGUGAUUCACUUGAGCGAUCACGGGAUGGAAAGUAUUACCCCGAAGAGAAUUAUAGACCUGAAUAAAUUUGUUAAUAGUUCAGAUUACAAAAUUGUGGAAUCUUCGGCAGCCUUGCAAAUAUUUCCUAUUGUUGGAAAACUGGACACAGUAUAUAAGCAGCUGGUAGAUGCAGCGAACAAAACUGGACAUUUUACUGUUUACAAGAAAGAAGAAAUUCCUGAUAGGUAUCACUUCCGAAAGAACCCCAGAGUCCCACCGAUAUUUAUUGUGGCAGAAAUCGGAUAUGCGUUUAGUGAUGUGUACAAAAGUAUCGAGUACUACGAGAAAAUGCAGAAUCUCACUGUCAACAAUCUAACGGAAUUUGGAAUUCACGGAUAUGACAAUGAAGAGCCGGCUAUGCGACCGAUGUUUUUUGCUUACGGUCCCAUGUUCAAAAAGAAUUACGAGAUUCAACCAUUCAAUAAUAUAGACCUUUUCCCCUUAUUUUGUGAAAUCUUAAAUUUAUCAUGUCCACCCGUUAACGGAACUCUAGAGAAUGUGAGAAGUUGCCUAAAUUCCUCAUUAGAAAUUCCUACAUUCCAAAUAGGACUAGCAAUUGUUGGAGUGAUGAUACUGUUGGGAAUUGGAAUCUUUAUGGCUGUAUAUAUUGUUCGACGACGAAGGGACCGAUUAAACUCAUAUCACAGGAUAUUUUCUGCUGAAUCUGAUAGUGAAUAUCUUCAAAAUGGACAAUCGGAUUUUGGGUUAAUCUAAUGCUUAACUAAUCUAUCGAAAUUAAAUUGACAUAAGUAAGCAGAAUCUACAAAUAGGUAAGAGACACAGAGUGACGUGUAGAAUUUUGCAGAAUUCUUUUAGUUUUUAAUUCGGCAUCAAGAUUUAUUAUGCGACCAAACUUCAGCAACCCUACAAACACACAGUAUUUAACAUCAUACUUUGGAAACAAGUAUAUCACGGAAGUCUGUCUUUGUGACAUGUGCUUAAUGAAGAACAGUUAACUAUAAAUUCCAUCAAAUAUACGUAACGGCAUUAUUGUGUGCCAAGACGUAUUGUGCCUUGAAAGAAUGUAAUGGAGAAAGUAAUCAUGAAAAUGCUGAACAUAUACGGAUUACAUGUCCGUAAAUUUUCUGUCCAAUUAUUAUUGCGUAAAUCGAUAUUAGCGUGUGAUUUAUAUAUUAUUUUAAUUUAGCUAAAUUAUUUUUUUGUAAGUGUAAUAAUGCUUAAGCAAACCCACCUGCUGUAAUUAGGAAUUGAUACAGCUACUACACAUUGCUGGGUCCUGGGUCUAGUUUAUCACAAUUUCUUCAGAUAUCUUGUUCGUAUGGUAAAAUAUUUA